AUGCGGUACCCCCGGCAGCUUGGAGUGGGGGCUGGGGAAAUGCAUGGCGCCAUGGCCUUUGCAAAAACGUUAUCGUGCAAUCAAGGCCUCUUAAUGCAGCAUUAUCAUAGCGGAAUGAGACGACGCCGACCACAUACCAAAACAAAGAAAGGUCCAAUACACAUGCAGCAAACGUCACUGCUAGCAUUUCCCAUUGGCGCCUCGCGAGCGGAUGCGUUAGAGGAAACACGGCCCAUCUCUCUCAGGGAUUGUUCUCAUGAGAAGCGUGGAGUACCAGCUAAAAUUGUGCAGCAGAGGGGCUGUAUGUGGCUCUGCGUGCAAGAGCGAUCUUCCCAGACUCACACACAAUACGCAAUGCCCUCCGUCUCGUAA